AUGAUUGAAAACGAGAGCUUCGACGUAGUUAAACUGGAAGUCGAUCAAGUCGAUAAAGAUAUUUAUUUCAAAUCUAAGAUCGAAAUAGAAGAAAACCAAGAUUUAGCAGCUAUAGGAGACAAAUAUGUGGUCCCUAUUUCUUUUGGUAUGGGAGAACCAUGCGUGGUCAAAAUUAAAAUUGAAGCCGAAGAAGUAAAUGAUUUUGAUUUGUCUACUAGAAAUUUGAAUAACGUGGCCAUAAUCAAAGCGGAAAUCGAAGAAAAUCAAGAUUCAGAUACUAUAAUCUACGAAGAUGUGUACCCUUAUUUUACUAGCAUGGCCGUAGUUAAAUUGGAAGUUGAUCAAGUCGAUAAAGAUUAUUAUUUCAAAUCUGAGAUAGAAAUAGAAGAAAACCAAGAUUUAGCAGAUAAAGAGGACGAAGAUGUGGACCACAUUUCUUUGGGUAUUGGAGAACAUAGCGUCGAUAAAAUUAAAACUAAAGCUGAAGAAGAAAAUGGUUUUGAUUGGUCUACUAGCGCUACACCCAGUACAGUAAAACACGAACGAACUUGUACUGGAGAAGAGCCAUCUACACCAACGCAGGGAGAGUUGAUAAAGCACAAUGAAAGAAUAUUUCAACGACAUCUCAGAACACAUAAAAUGAUCCACACUGGUGAGAAGUCUUUUCAGUGUGAAUUGUGCUCAAGAACAUUUGCUCGUCUUAGUACUCUUGAAAGCCACAAAAGGACCCACACUGGCGAGAAGCCUUAUCAGUGCGAAGUAUGCUUGGUGUCCUUUUCAGUAUCAGGAAGUCUUAUAAAACACAAAAGGACCCACACUGGCGAAAGGCCUUAUCAGUGCGAAGUAUGCUUGGUGGCCUUUUCACAAUCUGAACAUCUUAAAAGUCACAAACGUACACACACUGGUGAAAAGCCAUUUCAGUGCAAAACAUGCUUGAUGUUUUUUUCACAACAAGGAAAUCUUAAAAGGCACAAAUGUACACAUACUGGCGAAAGGCCUUAUCAGUGCGACGUAUGCUUGGUGACCUUUUCAGAAUCUGGAAAUCUUAAAAGCCACAAACGUACACACACUGGAGAAAGGCCUUAUCAGUGCAACGUAUGCUUGAAAACAUUUUCACAAUCUAGCAAUCUUAGACGACAUAAAAUGAUCCACACUGGUGAGAAGCCUUUUCAGUGUGAACUGUGCUCAAGAACAUUUGCUCGUCUUAGUACUCUUGAAAGCCACACAAGGACCCACACUGGCGAAAGGCCUUUUCAGUGCGAAAUAUGCUUGAUGACCUUUAUACGAUUUGGAACUCUUAAAAGCCACAAACGUAUACACACCGGCGAGAAGCCAUUUAGUUGCUGA